UUGACCCGGCAGCAGAUUGCUAAAAUGAUAAGUAAAUAGAAAAAUUUCGCAUUCCCUGCGUAGGAUUGAAAGAAGACAUCCCGUCAAUUGUAAUCGUUAGCUAUCGAUAUUGCAGUAACCGGCAUGUUGUUAAUUUACAAUUGUUUACAAAGACAAUAACAACACUGCAAAAUAUGGCUAAGAGACAGAUGUGGGAUCACAUGCGACAGGUCUUUCAACAGGCUGUCAACGCAGUGCAUCCUGAAAAGAUAUUUGUGGACUACAACAGCUUUGAUUUGCGACCCAAAGAGAAGGAUCAUCGUGUCUAUAUCAAAUUGGAUGGACAUGAGCAUGAUAUAACAGGGAAAACUUGCCAUGUCGUGGGCUUUGGCAAGGCCGUGCUGGGCAUGGCCAACAAAGUGCAACGGGAUCUGGGACAGUACUCAGCUGGAGGAGUGCUGAGCGUGCCCGUCAACACUCUGCAGCAGUUUAAGCAGCCCAUUUGUGAUAAGCUAAUCAUACAUGAAGGUGCACCCAAUAAUCUACCCGAUGAGACGGCCCUUAAAGCAGCUCAGACGAUUAAGAAGCUCGCCGAGAGCAUGACGGACAAGGAUGUGCUCUUUGUGUUCAUCUCUGGUGGUGGCUCGGCUUUGCUACCGCUGCCCCGCCCACCCCUGACCCUUCAAGACAAACGCAGCAUUGCAGAUAAGCUGAUGAAACGAGGUGCCAGCAUCCAGGAGAUAAACACGGUGCGCAUCGCCUGCUCAGAGAUCAAGGGAGGUCGCUUGGCGCUGGCUGCUCAACAAGCGAGCAUGCUAGUCACCUUUGUGCUGAGCGACAUCAUUGGAGAUCCACUGCAGCUGAUUGCCUGCGGUCCCACGAUACAACCCAGCGGUGUUACUAAGUCGGCUGCCGAGAUCUUAAGGAAACACCAAGUGUGGGAUGAACUAUCCACUGGGGUACAACAACUAUUCGAGACGUUAGAGCAACAGCAGUUGCAGGAGAAUCAACAAGGAACGUCUGCUAAUAGUCAAGUGUUUGUGGUGGGCAACAACGUGAUAGCCACGGCAACAGCAGCUCAGGAGGCCACCAAACUUGGCUACAUUCCCUGCGUUCUGAGCUGCUCGGUGCAAGGUGAUGUCUGCAGCGUGGCAGUGGACUAUCAGCGAUUGCUGCACGGCAUUCAGGAGUUCAAGCAGCUUACAAUAAACCAACAGCAACUGCGCGAAAGAUUUGCAUUUGACGAGAAAUACUUCCAAGAUUUCUUCAAGUCGCUGGAGCAACAUAUGAAGUCAAAUUCGCCGCUAUUCAUCAUCUGCGGAGGCGAGCCCGUCAUUAAGGUCAAAGGGCAAGGUGUAGGUGGACGCAGUCAGCACCUAGCGCUGCUUAUGUCCCAGAUGCUGCAUCGAGAUGAUUCGCUCGGCGGCUACACAUUUCUGAGCGCUGGCACAGAUGGCAUUGAUGGACCAACAGAUGCAGCGGGGGCCAUUGGAGAUAGUUGUAUUAUAGAUGUCUACUUGGCCAGCCAUACUUUAGAUGAGCUUGCCGAGAUAUUGUGCAAUUGUGAUAGCUACAAUUUCUAUAAGCAACUUUCCGAUGGUGAUUAUCAUCUGCUCACUGGACACACGGGAACCAAUGUGAUGGAUUUGCAUUUCCUAGUGGUGCCGUAAUACCGACAACUCGGGUUUGCCAAUUGUCUGUUAAUGAAGUUGCUCUUGAACGCCGUAGAGACAGAGAGAGAGACAUAGUUUCAAUUUGUUUAAUAAAUGUUCAGACAGUUUUUACGAUUUUCCUGCUUAAUGUUCCUCUAAAUUUUUACGACUCGUUUCAUUAACAUUUUUAAUAUGCAUUUAAAUACGAGUAUUCUCUGUUCUCCGCAUACGGAAUGCUCUUCUUAUGCUUCGCGUUGCCUGAAGAUGAUCAAGCGACAAACAUAAAAUGACAAUUAGCAUUUGCCUCUUCAUUAAAAAUGUGACUUAUGAAAUCAGCAAUCAGUAAAAUAUUUUUUUAAAUUUAUUUUGUUAGUCUUUUUUUUCUGGUUUUUAGCUUCCAGAUGAAUUGUGUUGAUUUUAUGGUUGCGUGAUAAAUCAACUGAUAUAUCUUACUAUCUAUCUAUCUGUAUACGAUCAUAUAUGAUUAUUAUGAAGCAUAAAUAUUUGUCAUAUUUUCUUAUUUGUUA